UAUUGUAUAGAAUCUUAUAGGAAUAUUCUAUCUUUGUAAUGUAUAUAUAUAGGGACUUAACCCUCCAAUGAAAUACACAGAAAAUCCUUCUCUCCAUUCUUAAUAUCAUUGUAGUUUAUAUUUCAACAUGGUAUCAGAGCCUUCCAUUUUAGUUUAGUUUUUCAGAUUUGAGUUUGAUUUUCAGACUGAAUUCUCAAGAACCUGAGUUCAGUCUUUAGAUUAUUCAGAACAUUCAGACACUGGUCUGUCUCCAAAUUCUUCUUCAGGGAUUUCAGUUUUCAGAUUCUUCAGGAACUUGUGUUCAGUUUUUCAGAUUCUUCAGAACCUCAAGACAGAUCCUCUACAGAACCUCUAUUUCAGAACCUUUCAGAACCUUAGUACAGUCCAAAUCCCCCAUCUCCUCCAGACCCGACCAUAUUCCAGGCGAGCUUCAAUCAAUUACCUAUCUCACCUCUAUUCUGGUGCGCUGCCAUCAGAUCAAUAGAUCACCAGCUAAUCUGAUUGUGCUUCAACGUCGCCGGCCGUUCAUAAAUAUCGCCUCGACUUCCCGACGCAGUUGAGCUUGGACCAUCUCAGCCUCACCAGCUAGCUCUGCCAUCGCCUCUACCCCAGGUAUACUUUUCUUCUCUUUUGUUCUUUCUCUAGAAAGGGAAGAUAGUGAUAGGAGGUCUGGUGGUUGGUCGAUCGCUGGGUCUCGCAUAUCUCCAGACAUCCGUUCCUGCUGGGGUCGUUCGCAGGUGAUUGUUCGCAUGUGCUAUCUGCUGGGAUCUUGCAUCAGAUCUGCGCGUUAAGUUUGGAGCGCAGCAAUAAAAAAGCCCAAGUUGGAUAUUUUAUUCUCCAAAUUUUAAAUCCAAAGCUGCGACAAUUUGACAAAGGAGUAAUAUGCAAUUACUGCAAGAAGCCCGGGCACUUCAUCAAAGAAUGUAGGAAAUUGCUAUUCAAGAAUCAAGGAAAUCAGCUUGGUUAUGUUGCUUCCACUACCAGUUCAUCUGAUAGAGCAAUUGUUGUUUCUUCAGACGAAUAUGCCAAAUUUAUUUCCUACCAAGAAUUUCUAAAGCAUUCAUCUGUCCCUAUCUCGGUAGUCGCUAAUCCAAGUAUUUCAAACACAUGUCUUGUUUCCUCAUCCUCGAAAUGGGUCAUUGACUCAGGUGCCACAGAUCAUAUGACUGGUAAUCUUAAUCUAUUUUCAUCAUUUCAUUCAUAUUUACCUACUUCUAGUGUCACUUUAGCUGAUGGAUCAACCUCACAUGUUCUUGGAUCUGGUACUGUUGUCCCAACUUCUACACUACCAUUAUCACAUGUUCUGAGUCUUCCUAAUUUUUCAUUUAAUCUGCUUUCCAUCAGCAAAAUCACGCGUACUCUUAAUUGUUUUUUAACAUUUUUUCCUGGAUAUUGUGUGUUUCAGGAUCUGUUAACGAAGCAGACUAUUGGUAAAGGACAUGAGUCAGCUGGUCUUUAUAUUUUGGAUACAUCAAUCACAAAAGGUAUCUCUUGUCUUGGGGUCGGGACUUUGUUAGAGGCUCAUUACCGAUUAGGACAUCCAUCUCUCCCAUUAAUGAAGCAAAUAAAUCCCCAAUUCAAUAAGAUGACCUCUUUACAAUGUGAGUCAUGUCAAUUUGCGAAACACCAUCGUACUAGCUUAAGCCCUCGAGUUAAUAAACGAGCCAAUGCUCCAUUUGACCUUGUUCACUCUGAUGUUUGGGGUGCUUGCACGGUUGUGUCUAAAGCUGGUUUUAAAUAUUUUGUUACCUUUGUUGAUUGACUAUUCUCGUAUGACAUGGCUAUAUUUCAUGAAACGUCGAUCUGAGUUGUUCACUCAUUUUUCUUCCUUUUGUGCUGAAAUUAAAACUCAGUUUAACAUUCCUGUUCGGGUGUUAAGAGGAGACAAUGCCCAAGAAUAUCUAUCUGUUACAUUUAAGUCAUGUAUGCUUCAGCAUGGCAUUAUGCAUCAAACUUCAUUCGUUGACACACCUCCUCAAAAUGGGGUUGCAGAACGAAAGAACCGACAUCUGUUAGAAACUACAAGGGCUCUUCUAUUCCAAAUGAAUGUACCUAAACUGUUUUGGGCUGAUGUCGUGUCUACUGCAUGUUUUUUGAUAAAUCGUAUGCCAUCUUCUGUUUUGAAUGGUAAAGCUCCUUAUCAUUGUCUAUUUCCAAACAAAGAGCUUUUUCCUAUCCCACCUAAAAUAUUUGGUUGCACUUGUUUUGUUAGAGAUGUUAAUCCUCAUCUUACAAAGCUAGAUCCCAAAUCAUUAAAAUGUAUUUUCUUGGGUUAUUCUCGAGUCCAAAAGGGGUAUAGAUGUUUUUGUCUGAGUACAGGUCGGUAUCUUGUUUCUAUUGAUGCAUCAUUUCACGAAAAUACACCUUUUUCAUCAUCUAAGGCAGAUAUUCAUGAGAAUAAUGAUGAUAUACUCAUUUACACGAUGACUAUUCCCGAGUCCACACUUUCGACAAGUAUUCCACAAGUUACUGUUCCUGACCUUAGGCCUCCUGUACACUUGGUAUACACCCGUCGACACAAAGCACCUGAUCACCCUCCACCGGCGACACCUGUGAUUAUUUAUCCUGAUACUAGUCUGACUUCGAUCUCAUGUCUUGAACCAGUACCUGCAUCAUCAGAUCUUGUCUCUACAUCAGAUCUUGACCUCCCAAUAGCACUACGUAAAGGUACACGAUCUUGUACUUAUCCUAUUUCUUCAUUUGUGUCGUAUAGUCAGUUAUCCCCUGCCUCAUGUUCUUUUAUUGCUUCCAUUGAUUCUAUUUCUGUUCCCAAAUCUGUUAAAGAGGCUUUGUCUCAUCCUGAAUGGCGUCAUGCCAUGAUAGAGGAAAUGAAUGCUUUGGAUCUUAAUGGUACUUGGGAUUUGGUAGACUUGCCUACAAGGAAAAAGUCUAUUGGAUGUAAGUGGGUCUUUGUUGUUAAGGUUAACCCAGACGGAUCUGUUGCUCGGUUGAAAGCCCGAUUAGUUGUGAAGGGUUAUGCUCAAACCUAUGGUGUUGAUUAUUCUGACACUUUUUCUCCAGUUGCUAAAUUAACAUCUGUCAGGUUACGUAUUUCUCUCGCUACAACUCAUGGUUGGCACUUACAUCAGUUGGACAUUAAAAAUGCAUUCCUGCACGGUGAUCUUCAGGAGGAAGUUUAUAUUGAGCAACCUCCGAGGUUUGUUGCUCAGGGGGAGUAUGCAAAAGUUUGUCGACUUAGCAAGUCUCUUUAUGGUUUGAAACAGAGUCUCCGUGCAUGGUUCGGGAAAUUCAGUCAAUCAAUUGAACGGUUUGGAAUGAUCAAAGGAAAAUCGGAUCACUCUGUAUUUUACAGACAAACGAAAGCAGGUAUCACAUUGCUUGUGGUGUAUGUUGAUGAUAUUGUGAAUACAGGGAGUGAUAAUGCAGGUAUUUUGGCCCUUAAGAAUUUUCUUCAUAGUCAAUUCCAGACGAAAGAUUUGGGCUCAUUGAAAUACUUCUUGGGGAUUGAGGUUACACGGAGUAAGAAAGGCAUAUUUCUAUCUCAACGUAAAUAUGUGCUUGACUUGCUAACUGAAAUAGGGAAAUUAGGGGCAAAACCGAGCAAUACUCCCAUGAUUCCCAAUGUGCAGCUCACUCAUGAAGGCGUGCCAUUUGAAGAUCCGGAAAGAUAUAGAAGGUUGAUUGGAAAGCUUAAUUAUCUCGCAGUUACCCGUCCAGAUAUUGCGUACUCAGUGAGUGUAGUAAGUCAAUAUAUGUCAUCUCCGACAGUUGAUCAUUGGAAUGCUGUAGAGCAUAUAUUAUGUUACUUGAAGGGGACACCAGGACGAGGUAUUGUUUAUCAAAAUCAUAAUCACAUGAGAAUAGAAUGCUUUGCAGAUGCUGAUUGGGCUGGAUCUAAAGAUGAUAGAAGAUCCACAUCUGGCUAUUGCGUCUUUGUUCGUGGUGAUCUCGUUUCUUGGAAAAGUAAGAAGCAGAAUGUGGUUUCUCGUUCGAGUGUUGAAACAAAAUAUCAGGCUACGGCACAAUCGGCAUGUGAGAUAAUCCGGAUAAACCAUUUAUUGAGUGAAAUCGGAUUGAAGACACCGAUGCCUGCUAAACUCUGGUGUGAUAACCAAGCUGCUAUACACAUUGCCAACAACCCAGUGUUUCAUGAGAGAACAAAACAUAUUGAGGUCGAUUGUCACUUUGUUCGAGAAAAAAUACAACAAGGAUUGAUCUCUACAGGAUUUGUGAAAACUGGAGAGCAGCUUGGGGAUUUGUUCACUAAAGCACUAAAUGGAAUUCGUGUUGGUUAUUUAUGUAACAAGUUGGGCAUGAUAAAUAUCUAUGCUCCAACUUGAGGGGGAGUGUGAAAGACAUUAGAAUAGAAUAUACUUUAUAAUAUGCUUUAGAAUAUUUUUCUAUCUUUAGAAUAUGCUUUAGAAUAUUUUAGGAAUAUACUCUAGGAUAUUAUUAUUGUAUAGAAUCUUAUAGGCAUAUUCUAUCUUUGUAAUGUAUAUAUAUAGGGACUUAACCCUCCAAUGAAAUACACAGAAAAUCUUUCUCUCCAUUCUUAAUAUCAUUGUGGUUUAUAUUUCAACAUCACCUAUCACAAACGCAUGGAAGUCAAUAAAUCGACUGCCUGAACACAAAGACAUGAAGUUCCUA